CCACGGUGCAUGUACUACAGUAGUUUCAACGCAGUGUAUUAGAUAACAACGAUUUUAGAGCAGAUUUCGGUCUUGCAGACCCAACGCGUUCCUUUUUAAUAAUGGACGAAAAAGAAAUUGAGAGAUUGACUCGGUUGUUUGAAGAAGUUCCAUCUGAUCUGGAACAUUUCUCAGACUCCGAAGACUCAGUGGCGAACCCACAGCAUGAAAAUUUCAGUGAUCAUAAAUCUCAUAGCGAACAGGAGAUAGAAGAACAAUUACUCAUUCAACCCAGUGUUGGUGGGCGCAGUCAUCUACAAUAUAAUUCAAAAGAUGGAACGAAGUGGAAUAAAAUAUGCCAUACCAGAAAUAUAAGAACUAGACAAGAAAAUAUUAUUGUGAGUUUGCCCGGAGUAAUUGGUCCUGCGAAAAAUGCAUCUUCUCCGAUAGAAGCCUGGCAGCUUUUUUUCGAUGACAACAUCAUCACGGAACUAGUGGAAAGUACAAAUAUAUAUAUCGAAAGUAUAAUCCAUCGAUAUAAAAACAAGUCUGAUGCAAGACCAACAGAUAUUUUAGAAAUGCGUGCAGUUAUUGGGCUUCUUUAUCUAGCCGGGGUUUAUCAUGGAGGCCGAACCUCAAUUUUUGAAUUUUGGUCCAAGGAUGGUACAGGUGUAAGUGAUCUUUCCGGCAACAAUGACACUCAGAAGAUUUCGAUUUUUGCUAAGAUGUUUGCGUAUGGAUGACAUCAAGACGAGAGAACAACGGAAAAGUCAAAAUAAUUUAGCUCCAAUAAGAAAAAUAUUUGGCGAAGUAGUGGAGAACUGUCAAAAACACUACUCUAUUGGGAAAUAUACUACAAUCGAUGAAAUGCUGUGGUCUUUCAGGGGCCGUUGUCGUUUUAGGAUGUAUAUUCCAAAUAAGCCCGCUCGAUAUGGAAUAAAGGUAUUUUCAUUAGUAGAUUCAAGGUCAUUCU